AUGGGCAAGUCGCUUGAGAUCGUUGACCUUGUCAACACCGCCAGCCAGUACUUUGCUCCCGCCACCAUCGGCAAUGCCGGUGACAAGGUCAUCCACAUCUCUGGCCAGGUCGGCUCGACCAAGGACGGCAAGGUCCCGGACGACUACGAGUCGCAGAUCCAUCUGACUCUUCACAACCUGCGCAAGGUGGUCCUCUCCGCCGGUGCUAGCAUCGAAGACAUCGCCAAGCUCAAUGUCUACAUCGUCAACUAUGACCCGACCAAACGGAAGCACACCCGUCACAUCCAGCGGUUCCUGCGCGGCCACCGCACAGCCAUGUCCCUGAUCCCUGUGCAGCAGCUGGCUGCGCCCGACUGUCUGAUCGAGAUUGACGCCGUCGUCAUCGCAGGCCAGAAGAACAUCUCCAUUCCCAGGGCUCUGGAUAACGUCACGCGACCCCAGAUUGUCGAUGCGGUUGUUGUCGGCGCCGGCCUGUCCGGUCUGUCGGCUGCUCGCCAGCUUCUGCAGGCUGGCCUCAGCACAGUCGUCCUAGAGUCCCGAGACAGGGUCGGUGGUAAGACGUGGAGCCAGCCUCUUCCCGGGGGAGCGGGCAUUGCCGAUUCUGGUGCUGCUUGGAUCAACGAUGUCAACCAGACUAGGAUGAUCAGCCUGGCGAGGGAGUUCGACCUGGAGCUCAUUGAGCAGAACACAACCGGUGACUGUGUGUUUCAGGGACUGGAUGGAAAGGUGCACCGUUUCCCUUACGGCGAGCUGCCCAAGUUUGAUGAAGCAACGCAGAGAGACGUGGCUCGCAUCCGUGACCUCUGCGAGGCCGACUGCCAGAAGCUGGAUGUGUGGAACCCGAAGGACUCGGAGCUCGACUCCCUCACCUUUGAAGCCUACCUGCGCAGGAACAAGGCCAGUGAGACUGCCGUUCGCACAGCCACCGUGUGGACGCGCGCCAUGCUGGGCGUCGACCCUGCUGACCUGUCGGCACUGUUCUUCCUGAACUACUGCAGGUCCGGCGGCGGUCUCCUACAGAUGAGGUCCGACCGCAAGGGCGGAGGCCAGCACCUCCGCGUGCGCGAGGGUACGCAGGCAUUCUCGCAGCGUCUAGCAGCCACCUUCCCCGCCGGCACCGUCAAGCUGAGCACUCCCGUCUCGGACAUCGUCCAGCGCGAGACGAGGCACGUCGAUGUCGUCGACGGCAACGGUACCGUGUACAGGGCCUCCAAGGUCAUCGUCACCGCGCCGAGCCCCUCACUGCGCAGCAUCAACUUCGUCCCCGAGCUGAACCUCGCUAGGCAGGCCUGGUCGGGGACGGCCCAGGGUGGCUUCUACGUCAAGGCCAUUGCCGUCUUCAAGACGCCCUUCUGGGUUGAGAAGGGUCUGUGCGGUCUCACCCAGUCCUUCUCAGGCCCCGCUAGCGUGAUCCGCGACACCAGCAGCCCGGCCGACGACAAGUACGCCCUCACCUGCUUCAUGGCCGGUCAGAUCGGCGCCGACUGGGCCGCCCAGAGCAUGGAGGAACGUGAGAAGUCCCUUCUCGACCAGAUCGGCACUCUGUACGACUCCCACCUCAAGGUUGCCUCCGAGUUCCAAGAGAUCAUCUCGUACGACUGGGCGACCGACCCGUGGGCCGGACACCACUGCCCCACUACCAGUCUCAGUCCUGGCCUCCUCAGCACUGUCGGUUCGGCCUCGUCGCGCGAGCCACUCGGAAACGUCCACUUUGCCGGCACCGAGACGGCCGGAGAGUGGAAGGGCUACAUGGAGGGUGCGGUGAGGAGCGGAGAACGGGCCGCCAAGGAGGUGGUGGAUGGUAUCAAGUCUAGCUUCGGAUCUCGCUUAUAA